UUUGUUAUGACGUUUACAUGAGUCAGCUGACGUUUGUUUAUUAAAUUUUAUUGUCAAAUUUUGUCAAUCUUUCGUAAUUUCGUAGAUUUGUUUUAUCUUACCAUCGUAAAUAUUGUGUAGUUUAAUUGAUCUAAUUUCCCGUCAGAGGAUCAUCAUGGGACGAAUAUUCCUCGAGCAUAUGGGAGGCAGUCGCCUUUUCUCAUGCGCAAGAUGUGAUACGAAUUUAACAAACCGAUCUGAAUUAAUUAGCACGAGGUUUACGGGAGCAACAGGACGUGCUUUCUUAUUUAGUCGAGUGGUGAAUUUAACAUAUAGCGAAGUACAAGAUAGGGUCAUGUUGACGGGACGUCACAUGGUGAGAGAUGUCUCAUGCAAAGCUUGUGACGCGAAGUUGGGCUGGAUGUAUGAAUUUGCCACAGAGGAGAAUCAAAGAUAUAAGGAAGGAAGGGUAAUUUUGGAGAGAGCUUUGGUAACAGAAAGUGACGGAAUGGAAGAAAGAGGUCUCAAUGAUCGUCAACAUUAAGAUUUGUGCCUAGUAUAUUAUUGCCUGUGUUAUUUAUAUUGUUUUAGUUUAUAGAUUCUAGUUUAGUUUUGUUUAUAAAAGCUCAGUUUGCAUUUUUGCGUUGACAGGUGUGUGAAUUGUAUUGUUGUAAUGAGACUGCUUUGGUGGUUUAAACAUUUUCUGCUGUUUGGAAAAUCAUUAAGAUAAUUAAGAUUGCUUACUGUGUUAUGGUGUAUAAGGUGGUGCAAUUUGACGGUUUUAUGUGUUGUAAUACAAGUGUUAAGCAGUUUUAAGUAGCUGCUUAGGUAAUUAUCUCUGCCCACAUACAACUAUCAAUUUUCAUAAGCGUAAGUGAUACAAGCCCUCAAGUGUUCAUCUGUUGAAAUAUAAUGUGUGUAAAACAUAGAUCUGUAGAUUUUUAAUAAGUCAUCAGUGGCUAAUGCCGUUUUAUUUGCCACUUUUUAUAUGAUAACGAUUAGAAUUAAAUUUGUAAUUUUACAAUAAAAAAAACUAAUGUU